AGGUAGAGUCGGUAGAGUGAGCUAGGCUAUCGAAGGUCAGGCUAGGGAUCGAUCCCCAGGGGGCUCGAACAUGAUGCCUGCUUUUACUACUUCUAUCUAGUCCCCUAUCCUGUACACCACUCUGAACUUGUUAUUACUUUUUUUGAAAAAUAUGCCUUCUCCUUUGUCUAACUAUCCACCAUCCCAAAGACGUUUAUCCACUCUCUCUUCCCCUUCUUCUCGUCCCGCCACUUUAUCUGUUAAUAGCGUCUUGGUACCCAAUUCUACGAAUAUCGAUCUAUCCAAUCCUUCAUCGGCAUCGUCUGCGACUACCAGCUUUAAGGUAGACUGGUCGUCGGACGGUGCCAACCCUUCUUCUACCAACGCCGCAGCCCGCCGUCCCGAAGACAUCGAGAUGGAUUCUAUAGCCCCUACCGGUCAUCGUCGCCGUCGAAGUACGCUCACCGCCAAUCCGAACAUACCUCAACCCUCCAAUUCGCGAACUUCGCGACCGCGUUCUACCAGCAUUAAGAGUCCUGGAGAUCUGGAAGCCAAGAUAUCCGAAGAGGAUCAGAGUCGGGACGCGUCAAGAUCAGAUGAUAAGAGCGAAGGCGAUUUGUCAGAAGAGGAUCUACACGAUGACGAAGAAACGGGUUUGACGAAAAAGGAUAGGCGGAGGAAACAGGCUAAGCGACGACGAAAUACUAGGCUAGACCAAAGGAUCGCACGCGACAAAAUUACGGACGAGGAACGGAAAGAGGCGGACCAGAAUGUAGUCAAGAAGUUGGUUAUCAACGCUGUUCUAAUUGGGCUUUGGUACCUAUUUUCACUUUCGAUUUCUUUAUACAAUAAAUGGAUGUUCGAUGCGGGCCAACUCAACUUUGCGUUUCCCUUAUUCACCACCGCCAUGCACAUGCUCGUGCAAUUUUCCCUUGCCGGUUUAGUACUAUACUUCAUACCUUCAUUACGGCCUGGCAAUUCGCAACACAAUUCCGAUGCGGGCCGAUCGAGACACGAGGCUGAGCCUGAACGUCCGAUUAUGACCAAAAUGUUUUAUUUAACAAGAAUAGGGCCGUGUGGUGCCGCGACUGGUUUGGAUAUCGGUUUAGGAAACACGUCCUUGAAAUUCAUUACGCUUACUUUUUAUACAAUGUGUAAAUCUUCAUCCUUAGCUUUUGUGCUAAUAUUCGCUUUUCUCUUUCGACUCGAGUCCCCCACAUGGAAAUUGGUGGCUAUUAUCGCAACUAUGACGGCAGGUGUAGUGAUGAUGGUUGCGGGCGAAGUCGAGUUCCAAUUGGGAGGUUUCGUGCUCGUCAUAUCCGCCGCCUUUUUCUCUGGCUUCCGUUGGGGUCUCACACAGAUCCUCCUACUACGUAACCCCGCUACUUCGAAUCCGUUCUCCAGCAUUUUCUUCCUGGCACCGGUCAUGUUCCUCACUUUGAUGGUUAUUGCGGUACCAGUUGAAGGCUUCUUCGAAUUAAUCGAAGGUCUGAAAGAGUUGGGUAAUGAAUGGGGUGCUGUCAAGACUCCCCUCAUCCUUCUCUUCCCGGGAACCAUUGCGUUCUUGAUGACGGCUAGUGAAUUCGCUCUGUUACAGCGAAGCAGCGUCGUCACUCUUUCUAUUGCUGGUAUCUUUAAAGAAGUCGUGACUAUUUCGGCCGCCGCGUUAGUUUUCGACGACAGACUUACGCCUAUCAAUAUUUCUGGUCUGGUGGUGACUAUCAGCGCCAUUGCUGCUUACAAUUGGAUUAAGCUAUCUAAGAUGCGCAAUGAUGCUCGGAUGGAUGUUCAUAAUCGGACUUAUCAACAGGCGCAGUCUGGUUCGUCGAGUGAAGUUGACCGUGGAAGUUCUUCCGACGAGGAAGAAACAGGGCUCCUUGCUCAUGACGAUGAAAGUGGUGCCGAAGAUAAUCUGCUCACGACCGACGGCGAUAUGAUACCGAACCCAAGACCAUCGAGCUCGACAGAACCCCACCGGACCGAGCGUUCUAGGGAAGACUGAUUAUCACGUUUUUAUUUUCGUUUGUAAAGAUUCGCCAACAAAGAUAGAAUCACGGCUUGUACAUCUAUAUGGAAUACGGCAUACCUAGAGUCGGUGUCUAUGGCAAGGCUGUGAAUUUAAAGGAAAACGGGGCCAAUGGAACGAAUCAUCCACCCGUUAUCUACGAGACAGGAACCCAAGGCAGCAUUAGGAGCAUUAGCAAAAGGAACUUCGGGUCAGGAGGGAGGGUCCAUACAUAUUUAUCCGCCACUUAGGACAACCAAUUCGAUCCGAUGGUGCGAGGAACCCAGAUGCAUAGCGUCUAGAAUUUGAAACGGGAGAGAAGGAGUAGAGAUAGGCCAGGUCAGUGAAUUCCGGCCGAGACAGCAAAGAAUAAGAGAACAAAUAA